UGUUUGAUAUAUUUUCAUAUUGUUUCUCUUUUACUUAUGUCAAACGGAGUCAGUCUUUAUAAUAUAUGUAUCCCAUUUUUAUUAAAUAAAUAUCAAUAACUCUGUUAAUACUUAUAUGAAGUGUAAUGAUUAAUACUUUCAAAACUAAUAUUUACUAGUGAAUUUGGUGAAAGGGGAAUUCGAAAUGGCUAGUGAGGAUGUAAUAGAAUUAGGGUCUUCAGACGAUGAAGCCGAACCCGCUCCAAAGAAAAUCAAACCCAGGCUAAACGCUAUGGUACACAUACCUACGAAACUGCAUGGAGUAACAAUAAAACCGGCAACGUCUAAAACAUGUACCAUUAAGAAAUCACCAAGAGAACUUGUUACAAUGACGAAAGUCCGAAAAAAUAAUGCAAUAUGUAACCCAUUUUCUAAUAGAGAGAAAGUAAAUGGAAACCCACAACAAAAGGCAUCAAUGAAACCUAAUAUCAAGACACAAAGACCUAUUCUUUUGCCUUCUAAAACGGCUAUUAAUCCUGUCAAUUUAUUUAAGAAAAUUAAUAAUUGUUCACAAGUUAUAGUCAAUAAAAUUCCUAUGUUAAAAAAUCCUAUUAAAAUACAUAGCCCUCAGUCAUUAAAUAAUUUACCACCAAGUAUUACAGUUAAAAGAACAACAGGUCCCCUUAAACGGCCAGGGGUUUCUCAGAUUCUAAAUGUUUCUGGAAAAAAACUUAAACCAAAUCAUACUGUUCGAAACUCUAAGCAAGUUCUGACUGUGGAGCUUGAUGAUGAGGAUUCACCAGUUGCAUCCACUGCGAGUCCUUUGUGGUACUUGAGGCCUGAGCAACAAGUCACUGUACCUCUAGAAGAAGAGAAUAACAGAGAACCGGAACCAAAUAAAUUAAUAGAAAUAACUAUUGAGGAUAGUCCUGUAAAGCCACCAACAACAAAACAAAUGCAAAUAGUUGAAAAUCAAAUUGAAGUUACUAUAGAAGAUAGUCCUGUUAAAGUUGUAGAGCAAACCAAAAACUCUUGUGGCCAUAGUGAUAAGGAAGAGACUUUGACUGAAGACAAGGUACCCCACAGUAAGAAAAAAUUGGAGUACCCAAAAGAAUCUAAAGAGAAUAAUAUCAUUGAGAUAGAAAUUGAACCUGUGACAACAGUGGUGAAAGAAACUAAUGUGGCAAAAAAUGUUGUAAUUUGUGAUAUUGUUGAAAUAGAGGAAUCACCUGUUAAAGAAGUGCAACAAUACACAAGCACGCCAAAGAAAGAUCAUACAAAACUACAGGUAGAAUUUUCUGCAUCAAACAUGCAAGACAAAAUUGAUAAGGAAAACAUUAGUUUUCAUCCUGUCUAUCAACAGUUUAUUGACUUGUGUUUCCAAUUAGAAAACUCUGAAGAUAUGAAAAAAAUUGUAGAGAAAAAGGUUAAAACAUACUAUAAACAAGUUUCAAAAGAUUACACAGAGUCAGAAGAUUUUAUUGAAAUGGUAUCAAGUAAAAUAAAUGCAAUGAAGGCUGGACCUGAGAAAAUGUAUUUAUACAUAAAAGAUAUAGUUGAUGAACUCAAUAUGCAACGGAAAAUGGCAAAAUCACAAGUGUCUACUAGUGCAAAUAAUGUGCCAGAGACUGUAGUGGAUAAUUUCUUAUAUGGUGAACACAGUGAGUUUGAUUCAAACCGUCAAAGACAAAUCCGUAAAUUGGAGAAGACACUUAAGAAAUUGCAUAGAGCAAUUCAGAAACUAGAGGAGCAGGAAGUCGAUUUUGAUGAUGAAGAAGAUUCUGUAUAUUUACUUACUGAAAGAUACAAAGAGAGAAUGGUCAGGGUUCAUGCAAAAUUUUGUCAGUUGACAAAUACAAAGAUGCCAUCAGAACCGCGUGUUCAGAUAGAUGCACGGCCUGGGCGUCCAUCAGGUCCCGCCAAACGUUUAGAGAAGUGGAUAAAUAAAAAGGUUCCAAUUGGCACACCAUUGCCUUUCCCAGAUUUUCAUGAUGUUCUCCGAUGCGUGAGAGAGGCAAAUGAGAGUGAUAACCUCGGGUGGAAUGAAGCAGAUAUUAUGGAAGAAGCUCGUGAAUUGUUCACAAGAUGUGGUAAGAAACUACAGAGACGUAGGCAAGAAAAUGAAUGGAGAUUAGCAGCUUCCAGGCUUUCAUUAGAUAUAGAUCCAGCUGAAAAAGAUGAAGAUUUAAAGGUUAAGUUAACACAUAAUCGUCAGUUGGCUACUAAAAAAGAGACUGAAGUUUUCAAUAAGUUUGCAGACAAGCAAAAUCUAUUGAAAUUAGAACCAGAAGAAAUUGGAGACAAAGAAGCAGAUGAGUCACCAGUUGAGAGUGAAGAUGAGGAAGGUGAACCAGCUGAUGAAGCAUUGUUAGAGAAUACAAAUAGAAGAAAAGAAAGAUUGAAAAGAUUAAUUCAAGAAAAAUCCAAAAAGAAUUGUGAAAAUCAUCAAGAAAAAAACCCAGAAACUUCUAUGACUGCAAUUAAAGAUAAAGAAAAUGCACCAACUGCAUUUCCUAACUCCGACACUGAAAAAUCAAAAGAUUUGGUGAGUACAAAUCAAAAUAGUGUAAAUGAAGAAUUAAAAGCAAAUGAUGAUACUAACAAAAUACUUACUUCUACUGUGCCAGAUAAUAAUGAAUCCAAAGUGUCGGUUGAUCAAAAGUCGUAUAGUGAUUAUGAAAAUGCGUCGGAUUCUGAUAUAGAUGAGUUACAUCUCUUACAGAAGUUACACUCUGAAAAUGAGGUGAACUCUUCAAGUGUGGAAUCUAGUGGUUCUGAUAGUCCAAUUGCUAUUUCUGAUACAUUGGAAGACAGCGAUAUAAUAGACGAUAGUGAUGUAAUUAGCAUUGAAGAUUCAAGUUAUUCUGAAUCAGAAAUUAAUAAAACUGCUGAAACCAGUACUAUAAAUUCAGAAAUGAGAAAUACUGUAAACGAAAUGACUGUACAAACUACAUCAGUUUGUAAUGAUGAAAAGAAUGAACUGGUUACUGGCACAGAUAAGAAUAAACUUUCUACUAACAAUGACGAAUAUAUUGAGUCUAUUGAAGAUAUUCUCCUUGCAUCAACAGAUGAUGAAGCCAAUAUGAAUAAAGAAGAAAAUUUAGAAAACAACCAUUGCGUUAAUUUGAAGGAUGACCAAUUGUCAAUCGGCGAUACAGUAAUUGAAGGAAUAGAUAAGGACAAAGUUACCUUUAAAGGCCAAAAUCACCUGAAUAUUAUCACUGAGGAGAAUGGUAAAUCUAAGCAAGUCUCUGAUGAAAUACAUUGUUCCAUGCAGUUUAAAGAAGGUAUUGUUUCUAAUAGAAAUUGUGAUGAAAAUAAAUUACCUACUAUUGAAAAAACUGUGCAGCGUUUAGAUCAAGCUGACCACAAUUCAUCCGAAGAUUCGGAUGAUCCUACAAAAGCAAUUACAGAAACAAUACUUGAAAAAACAGAAAAAAUAUUAAUUGAUCAAGCAAAUGUGGCUGAAAAAUUAAAUAAUAGCAACAAUAUAGCAAAAACAACUGAGUCUAAUGCUCCUAGUAAACUUGAUUUGGGAAUUGUUAAUAAUGUGAAAGGAGAUGAACAGAAUGCUGUUGAAAUUAGCUUUGAGACAAAUAUAUCUAAUAGUGGAGAAUGUAAAUCUGUUGAUAUAAAUAUUUCAAAAGAAGGUUUUACAAAAAUACUGUAUGCAAAGGAAACUAUCGAUAAAUUGAAGAGUAGUACUGAAACAUCUGAGUUGUUGACAAGUAAUCUAGUAAACCAACAAGAUUUGAAUAAAGCAGAAACUAGUGAACAUACUGAAGUAGACGGCCAUAGUUAAAUGUUCUAGAAUGGAAAUAAUGGUCACUUUAUGUGCCUGCGCGGUGCGUGGGACUUGGAAUGCCCUGUACAGUAUGACACAAUUACUGCGUGGCAGAAAUGAAGCGCAAGAUCGAUUACAUUGCGUCUGUCGAGUUACUAUCUGGAAUGAAUAUACCGGACGAAGUACUGAUAAAUAUAUGUAUGUUCUGUAUAUAGACUAUAAAUAUAAUGUAUCAAUUAAUAUUGGAGAAGUUGAUUGGAAUGAAGAUAACAGAAGCCAAAGCUAAAGCUGAGACGGUAUGGAAUAUAUAUUGUAUAAAUUAACUGCAUUUAAAAUAACGUGAUUAUAUAACAAAGGAAUAAUAAUUAGUGUGUUAAAGUUAUUAUUUUAAAAUUGUAUU